GCAAAAUAUAAGCAGCCGGUCAGCUUGUCAAGGUCAUUUCAUUGCUCAAGGGCGUUGUGCAUUAAGCGAAUCAGCUUCUCCAGUGCUAUGGAAGACCCGAUAAGUUGUUGGCUGGAUGGUGUUCCGUUUUAAAAAUCCCACAUCCUACUCCAGAAAGCGAAUUUCGCCAAAUCAUCUAUAGGGAUCUCUGAGAUGGCCCUAUUGAAAUCGACCAUAAUAUGUAGGAGUUGUCAAUUCAUGUUAUGAGGAUCGAAUUCUCCCCAAUGUCUUUUCAACAGACUUAGUUAUCGUGUUAGACCAGUUCACUGGGAGAGAAAAAUCCCUGAUUGCCGAUAUAUCAGAACCUUAUUCAUGCAGGCGAUAAAAAACAUUUAGACUAGUUUGGGAUUUAAACCAAACAAUCAAUGCUAAAGAUAACUUGGGACGACACAAGAGUCCUAGGUAUAAACGAACUUGAACGUCUUAGUGUUACUUCAGUUCUCUUUUGUAUGCAAUUAUUCAGGUGAGAUGAUGAAUAGCUUUAUGUAAUCAUUAAGUAAAAUCCCACGUGUUAACGCAAGUUUCUUUUUCAGAAUGUCUACGAAAAAGUCAGACGAAGAGUGGAAAUGUGUUUUGAACGCCGAACAGUAUCGAGUAGCUCGUCUUAAAGGCACAGAAGCACCUUUCACCGGUGAAUAUUACCAUAAUAAAGAAAAGGGUGAAUACCUUUGUGUAUGUUGCGGAUCAAAACUUUUUGACUCAUCUGCAAAGUUCGACAGUGGGUCAGGUUGGCCAUCAUUUUAUCAAGUUUAUGGAUCAAACGGGCGAGACGAUUCGCAAACAAAUGUUACUAGAACAGAAGAUAAUUCACUGGACUCGAUGAGAAUAGAAAUCUCAUGUAAACAGUGUGGCGCUCAUCUAGGCCAUGUGUUCGAAGAUGGACCUAAACCAACCGGUUUACGUUAUUGUGUAAACAGUGCAUCUUUGUCAUUUAAAAAGUCAGAAUAAUUGAUUGAAAGAAUAUUAAUAAAAUCAUUCGGCUGACAAGAAUGCAUCAGGUCUUAAUAUGAAUUGGCUAACUUUUCUUUUUAUCCAAUGUUUGUAUCGAUCAGGUAUCGGCUAAUAAACUCAUAUGCUUUCUUAC